AUGGCGACGUUGGCGGAAUCUAACAUCCACGGGCACCACACUCACCGUCUGCAUCACUAUGACAACGGCGAUGACGUAACGGAGACUGAUGUCGUCAACGAUAUGUCAAGCACGUUGACGCUGCAGACGGGUUUCGGAAGUAUGUCGCAGUCUCGUCUAAACCUCCACAACGAGAAGAUGCGCAUGCACUCAAGUUUUCCCAAUCUCCUGAGUAUUUACCAGACGCCCAUCGAAGAGGAAGACGGAGAUAGGCCUCGCAGGCGGGUCAAAGGAAAGCAUAAGAAAUUGACGAAACAGACGCAAGAUGGGGAAGAACAUCACGAUAACAGACAGCGGAAUGAGAUGCGGCAGUUGCGAAUGGAAGCUGUUGCUAGGGAACAGCUGGAAAGGUUCGACGACUACGUAAAGCGCUUGCGCAGCAAGGUGGAUAAGCAGCGCGAGGAGCGCCGAAAAUACAACGAGGCGCUUCAAGGGCGCCUGCGCGAACAGGAAGAAGUGGAGAAGAAAAAGCUUCGACUUCACCGCGGACCUAAGCACGUGUACGUGCAUGACAAGUCUUACGUGAAAACACUUCCGGUGUCGAAUUACUGCAAAGCGACGCGCUUGGCAGACGAACUACAGCGGAAGGGCGUUCUGCGCACUCGACAAGACGUGGAGAAAUAUUGGUCAUCGUAUGGCAACAGUCGUAUAUUAAACCAGGAUAUAUUCUCGGAAAAUUCAAACAAUUCAGUUAAUUAUACUCAUAAUUGGAUUGGCGAACGUUUGCCUAAGAUACGGGUCGGCGAUGAUGACGACAACGAUGAUGUAGCACUUACCGACGAGCUCGUGCAUAACCGGAAGAAGCAACUUCCGCCAAUCAAGAAGACGAAGACAUAGUUUUUUUGUUGGCGUUCAUUUCAUGUGUGCUGUUCAAAGAGCACUGUUCAUUCGUUAUUGCAUUGCCUGAUUCUUUACUUGUUAUUAAGUAUAUUUUGAUCGUGUUUUGUUCACUUGUUUUUCUACAAAUAAAGCGUUCAACACAG